AUGUUUCUUUUCUAUCUCAACGUAGCAGCGAGCUCCACAAUAUUUGAUACAAUGAAGAACAAAAAGCAAACAAAUGUGAUAUUGGAGAAAGAGCCGGCCUUCAAAUCUCUUCAGUAUGAAACUGAUAUCAGUGAAGAAGAAGAAAACCACGAUAUUUCAAUAGAAAUUACAAGUAAAAACUAUGAGUUAACAAAACAAGCAAGAUUAAACUUCUACUAUUCCACAAUAACUAUUAGAUCUGGAGUAGAAUUUACGAAAAAUUUUGCACUAGGAGAAACAAUUGAAUCUUCUAUAGGUGGAUCUAUUUUUAUUACUUCAUGCAUGCUUCAUACAUUUGGAAAUGAAAAGCCAAUUAAGUUUUCUCACAAUCAAGCGACGAAUGGUGGUGCUAUUUUCUCAUUUGGAUCAUCAGUAUUUCUUACUAUCUGCAUGUUAGAUUCAAAUGUAGCUUAUAAAUAUGGAGGCGCUGUAUAUUACUCCGGAAUUAUCCCAGAAGAGGAAUACAAAGGUUAUCCAGUACAAUUCAUAGCAAAUAAGUGCAUACUUAGCAAUAAUAUUGGAUCAGAAUGUGGCGGAGCCUUAUUCUUUUCCUCAACUUUGGAAAUUUAUUUUGAUCAAUGCCAAAUCAUGAAUAACACAGCAGCAUAUAGUGGUGCAGGCAUAUUUUCUAGUAAUGUUGACUUUUUGAAAGUGAUAAACUCCUUGUUAGCAUACAAUAAUCUUACAUUUGCUCCUUUAUAUGAUCCUAACAUCUCUAAUUCAUUUACUCUGAUGCUUCCUUUUGUAGAUGAUCAAGUACUAGAUGGAAUAAGAGGUGGUGGUGCUAUUGGUUUCAUAUCACCAAAUAAUGCAAAUCUUCAAAAAGAAAAAGGUUAUUUUUAUUCACAAGGAAACUGCUACUCAUAUAAUAAUGCCAGAAAUACAGCAUCAAAUAAGCGCAAAGUUACAGGAAACGCAAUUUAUAUUCAAGGCAAUGCAAAAUUUGAAUCAAUUGAUGAUGUGAUUCCAAAUUACAAAGAUAAUGGGUUGUAUAUUGCUUUUUCUGGUUCACAAGCAAUAUCUCCUGUUAUUAAACUCAGUAAUAUCUACAAUGGCGCUGGAAAUAUUUGUCCAGGAAAUACAGAUCAGGCUGAUACAGUAUUUACUUUUGCGAAGAAGCAAAUAAAAGAAGAGAUAUCAAAUAUACUGCCAACGAAAUACUCUUUUAAUUCGAUUUCAUUCACAAGAAAAGUAUCCAUCACAAAGAAUAUUAUGAAUCGACUUCCAAAUGGAGUUUCUUUUGCAUCUGGUUCAAUCAUUAAUCCCUAUCAAACUCCAGAUGCAACAACAGCUUCAUCAAUUAGUAUAAAUAAUGUUGAAGAAAAUGAAUCAAAUUCAAAUUCAACAAUUGAAUCAAGCACAUUAAAUAAGACACAACUAUAUAUAUUGCUUUUGUUGCUCUUGCUAUUAUCUCUGUUAUUUUAG